AUGCACAACAUCCACGUGCGCUUCUGGCUCGGGGACGUCGUCAUCAUCUGCAUUGCGCUCUACUUAACUGCGCUGCUGCCUGCGACGAUCAUGCUUGCAUACAAGAUCUACAUCAACGCUCACCGGAGGAGUCAGAAGGAUCAUACAAAGUCGAUGAUGGGCCGCGGAGGCAUGCAAGACGACUUCUCCUGGCGUAUCUCAAUCAGGACGUUGCGCUUCAUUCUCAUGAUCAUCACCAUGCUGUCCACCAUUGCGGCCGUUCUGGGCUACAUUGUGGUGAGCGCGGGAUUGGAGACGUCUGGCUCCUUGCUGCUGGAAUGUGGAAAGAGCAGCAACGGCAAAUCUCUGGAGCAAAUGAAUGAGAAGCUGCGCGAGUUCGCCUCUUCGUCUCAGUGCUCCGACUCUGCACCACUCGACCAAUGUCAUGGCUUUGCCAAGGCAUUUCCGCCUCCGUCCCCCUGGGCCACUUACACCAAGGCUGGGAAGGGCUUGGAGGUGAAGUUUAUCCAAGAAGGCUUGUCGCCUGACGCGCUGCCCAUUCUUAUUCACAUCGUACUCCAGGGUCUAGUUCGGGAGCCGAGUUUCCCACUGAUGCGCAUGACCCCAACCACUGGAGAGCGGAAGUUGACCCUGGAGAAGCUGAAAGUGCACGAGCCAGAUCCGAGGACUCUUUGCGCAAUGAAGGGAAGGGCAUACAGGGGUGUUCAGAGAGUGGGGCUACCUCAUUUCGAGGCAUACUGCCUGUACAGGCGUGCGGUGACUUCGUCCUUUACUGCCGGCUCCCUGCGAAGCACGCAGGGCGUUGGUGGCAGAGCGACCGGACGCGCCGACUUCGCUAAAACGCUGAGG